CGGGCGCGCAUUCGUCGCGGCGCGGGCGGGCCGCGCAUCCCCCUUCCGUCACACAUCUAUUACCAUAGGAAGUCAUGUGGCAGGCAAAAGUUGCUUGCCUGGCGUUGCUGGCGUUGCCGGUAGCUGCCAAGGAGUUGAGCGACGGUCCUGUCCGGGAGGAGAUAAUCCAAGAACUGCCCCAAGCUCAUGAACCUGAUCUCAAUCUCAACUACGAUGAUUACAAUACCAAUCCUUAUGGGGAAGAUGAAAAUGCAAUAUUAUCUGAACGAGACUUCCGUGGAUCCACUACAAGUCCACCGUACCCUCCUCGUACAGGCAUGGUAACCCAAAGAGUGGUGCCGACGCUGUGUAUCGACAUGGGCCGUACGUGGUCAGAGGGCGAGUCAUGGAAGAGAGACAAUUGCACAUUCUGCCAGUGCUUCAGCGGGCAGGCUAACUGCUCCACUCUGCCCGUGUGUUUGGCGCCACCAAGUCGACCAGUGUUCGGCGCCGGAGCCCAGCCCCACACCCCAGUGCGCGGCGUCGCUGGCAUGCCAGGAGACGACGGUCCGCCUGGACCGCCCGGGGCGCCAGGAGUGAACGGUGUUCCUGGUGCUCCUGGUAUGCCUGGCCCAGUUGGACCUAUUCCUGAUGUGAACGCAUACUUAGCUCACAUGGCAGCUGCCGCUGGAGGUGACAAGGGACCGGCCUUCGACCCAUAUCAGUACAUGCAGGCUUCAGUUGGCGCACCAGGCAUCAGGGGAAUACAAGGACCGCAAGGCCCGCCCGGCCCGCAGGGAUUCCAAGGUCCGAGAGGUGAGCCAGGGGAGCCUGGCCUCCCCGGCCUGCAAGGACCACCCGGCGAACGAGGCCCGCAAGGCUUACCCGGAAAAGACGGAGCUCCCGGAGAAGACGGCGAACCUGGUCCACCAGGUGCAGCAGGCCAAGCUGGCGCCCGUGGUUCUCCCGGCAUUCCUGGUAUUCAAGGGUUGAAGGGCCACCGCGGCUUCGACGGUAAGGACGGCGCUAAAGGAGACCAAGGACUGCCCGGCGAGAAAGGUCCCACUGGACAACCUGGGCCGAUGGGCCCUGCAGGACCUAUAGGUCCAGUCGGUCCUCGUGGCGAACGAGGCCGUGAAGGUUCCCCAGGACAGCCGGGAAUGCGAGGUGCGGAUGGAGCUGCUGGACCACCGGGAUUGAUGGGAAAUGUUGGCAAGCCAGGAAGUCCGGGAUUCACAGGUCCGCCCGGUAUAAAAGGUGAAGUAGGAUCUCCAGGACCUAAAGGCAGCCAAGGACUUCAAGGUCCUAGAGGAGAGGCUGGACGUCCAGGAACACCUGGCGAAGCUGGUACACCUGGUCUCGCUGGCCGAGACGGUGUACCGGGGGAGAAAGGCGUACAAGGACAGGCUGGACCGUCUGGACCGCAAGGCUUCCCAGGUCCUCGAGGAACACCUGGAGUUGCUGGUGAUCCUGGCAUGCCAGGUGCUAAAGGAAUGCCGGGACAACCUGGUGAAAGGGGCACAAAGGGCGACGCUGGAAUAAGGGGAGAAACUGGGUCUCCAGGACCUCGAGGUCUUCCUGGUAGUCUUGGUCCUGAGGGUAAACGUGGAAAACGAGGACUCCGAGGGCCUGCUGGUAACGUUGGCCCACCAGGAGACAGAGGAGCGCCAGGAAUGAGGGGUAUGCCAGGUCCCGAUGGUCCCUUCGGUGCAAAAGGACAACCGGGAGAACGAGGCAGUGUUGGAUUACCUGGACCGAAGGGUAGCUCUGGGGACCCUGGCAGGCCAGGGCCUCAGGGAUUACAAGGGCCUCGGGGUAUUAUUGGGCGACCUGGAAUAUCCGGUAAAACAGGACCUCAAGGUGAAAGGGGUAUACCAGGUGCUGAUGGGAGACCGGGAGAACAAGGAUCUCAAGGAUUACAAGGACCCCCUGGACAGAUGGGUAGUCCUGGUGAAAGAGGUUUACAAGGUGAACCAGGCAAAGAUGGUGAACCAGGACAACAAGGAAUUCAAGGACCCAAAGGUGACGCGGGAAGGGAUGGUAGCCAAGGAAUUGCAGGACCUCAGGGAAUGCCGGGACCAGCAGGUGAACGAGGACCACCUGGACCAGCUGGACCGACCGGAUUUCCGGGAAUACCAGGAUCAGCUGGUUUACCUGGUUCUCCAGGCAAGGAGGGUGAGCCGGGACUAGCUGGACCAGCCGGCCCUCCAGGACCAACUGGCAUGCGCGGGGAGAGAGGUUUUCCCGGGGAAAGAGGAUCACCAGGACAACCCGGAGCUCUUGGAGAGAAGGGAGAGGCUGGCGCGCAAGGACUUGAUGGACUGCCAGGUCCUGAGGGUGCUAAAGGUAGCAAAGGACAUCCGGGGCCGAUGGGAUCAAUAGGUCUUCCAGGUAUACGAGGUCAAACUGGUCUUCCUGGAGAAAAGGGUGAAAGAGGCGCAGUUGGACCAACGGGCAAUGAUGGACCUCCAGGGCGUCAGGGAGAACAAGGUCCACAAGGACCUGUAGGCCCUAGCGGGCCACCUGGAGAGCCUGCCGAACGAGGAGAACCUGGUGCACCUGGAAUUCCAGGAGAGCCAGGAGCUUCUGGAUCUCCUGGUGAACGAGGACAACCUGGCCUUCAAGGAUCUCCUGGAUUCCCCGGGCCUCAUGGUUUACCUGGAAUGCCGGGAUUAAAGGGUGACAGGGGAUACGCCGGAGCGAAAGGACAGCAAGGAGCACCUGGUAGUCCAGGUGUCCCAGGAGAGAUGGGUCUUCGUGGUCUGCCGGGACAAAUGGGGGCCAAAGGAGCUCGUGGUGAACUCGGACACAAAGGCGAACCGGGCCAUGCUGGUUUGCCAGGAAGACCAGGAGAUUUAGGUCCACCGGGACCUCAAGGCAGCACAGGACCAGCUGGCGCACCAGGUAUCCCAGGAGGUAAAGGUGCCACCGGAGAUGCUGGACGCCCCGGCCCACCAGGCCCAAUGGGACUGACUGGUCCUCCUGGACAAGAGGGAGCUAAGGGAGAGCGAGGAAGCGAGGGAGAGACUGGUCCGCAAGGUGUCGUCGGACCGCCUGGCAUGGCUGGCGAAAGAGGACCCAUUGGGUUGCCAGGAAUGGGAGGACCUCCGGGACCACAAGGACUUAGGGGACCACAGGGUGAGAGUGGAGGGCCUGGUAAACCUGGCGCAGACGGUGCUCCCGGCCCGUCUGGCACGCCAGGACUGCAAGGUCCGCCUGGACCUAUGGGCGAGCCUGGGCCUGAAGGUCGACCUGGUAAACAAGGACAGCCUGGUAUUCCCGGCAGGACUGGUGACAAAGGACCGAUGGGACCACCUGGUGAAUCGGGACCCACAGGACCUUCAGGAUUACCGGGACCAACAGGGCCAAUGGGACCUUCUGGCCAAGCUGGCGAACGAGGACCAAGAGGAGAAACUGGACCCCCUGGCGUUGAUGGACCUCAAGGGCCUUCGGGCAAGCAAGGACCUCCGGGAUUGGACGGUGCAAAGGGUGACAGAGGAGAAUCUGGUGCUGAUGGGGCUAAAGGCCAUGCUGGUCUGCCAGGAUUGCCAGGAAUGUUGGGAGCCCCGGGACGGCAAGGAGAGAGAGGCUCACCGGGCCCGAUGGGACCGCCUGGCAAGGAUGGCGAUGUUGGGCCGAGAGGUUCCCCUGGACGUGACGGUAACCCAGGGCCUCAAGGGCCAGCCGGCCCUCAAGGAGGUCGUGGUCCACCCGGUGAGGCUGGCAGACAUGGAUCCCCCGGCCCCGCAGGACCUCCCGGCCCGCCCGGACCUCCUGGAGAAGGCCUUGCUUACGACGCCGCUGCUCUUGCUGCUAUGUUACAACAAGGUUCAGUGAAAGGACCAGACCCGCUAGGUGAUGACCCGAACGCCCUCCCACCACGGUUCUUCAAAGACGACAUGACCCCAGCUCAGCGUAAAGAAGUCGUGAUGAAGGCCUACGAUCGACUGAAGUCCUCGCUCGACAAGUUCCUCCGACCUGACGGGUCCAAGGACGCGCCGGCUAAGACUUGCGGCGAUAUUAAGUACCAUCACCCUGAUUACAAGAGUGGUCAAUACUGGAUCGACCCGAACGGAGGCGACAUGAACGAUGCGAUCAUGGUGCACUGCGACAUGGAGACGGGCGGCAGCUGCGUCUACCCCAAGCCGAUGGAGUCGCAGGAUAUCGCGUACAAGGGCUCCGAGCCUGAGCCAUGGCUUAGCGAGAUGGAAGAUGGAUUUGCCAUCACAUACAAAGCGGACCACACGCAGCUCACCUACCUUCAGUUAAUGUCAGUAAAGGCAGUGCAGAACGUGACGUUCCACUGUCGAAACACAGUGGGGUACUAUGACCCAAUCACCAACAACCAUAGGCACGGCAUCAAGCUCAUGGCGUACAACGACGCUGAGAUACUGCCCAAGGCUAAUAACAGGUUGCGGUAUAAACCUCUACUGGAUGAAUGUCAGUACAAGAAAUCUUCAUGGGCCAAGACUAUAGUAGAAUACGCUACAGACAAACCUGGACGCCUGCCUCUGAUGGAUGUAGCCGUCAGAGACGUCGGGAGACCAAACCAAAUGUUCAGGAUCGAAUUGGGCCUCGCUUGCUUCAGUUAAACAUAACCAUAUUAUUUUGCUUCAAUUUA